UCUCUUCAUUCCCCCAACAAAUCUAGUAUCGCCCUCAAUCAUCAAAUACAAAAAAUUCAAACAAGAUGAGCGUGUACGACAUUCUGUUCCGGGUAGAUUCCAUCUGCAAGAAAUACGAAAAAUACGAUAUUGAGAAGCAGCGCGAUCAGAAUGCCUUCUCGGACGACGCCUUCGCCCACCUCUACUCCACCUUCGACUCCCAAAUCGACCUCGCUCUCAAGAAAUCGAAGUUUGCUGCGUAUGAGACGGACAGGGCGACCGUGGUGGCGUUGUAUGCAGAGGUGCGGCGCAUCAAGGCCAGGCUCAUGGAUGAAGUGCCUAAGUUGAGGAAACUUGCUCAAAGGAAGGUGAAAGGCAUGUCUAAAGAAGAACAAGAAGCUCGCGUUGAGCUGGUUGUCACGCUUCCUGACAGAAUCCAAGCGAUACAAGAUGGCAGUAGAGGUGGUCCAGCCACAGAAAUAUUUGGUUCAUCGUCCAACAAGCACAUCAAAUUUGACUCUGAUGGGAAAAUGGAUGAUGGUUUCUUUGAAGAAUCUGAGGAAUCGAGCCAGUUUAGGCAGGAAUAUGAAAUGAGGAAAAAAAAGCAGGAUCAAGGUCUUGAGGUGAUAUCAGAGGGCUUAGAUACAUUAAAGAAUUUGGCUAAGGAUAUGAAUGAGGAAUUGGAUAGACAGGUCCCCUUGGUUGAUGAGAUUGACACGAAGGUAGAUAAGGCAUCAAGUGAUCUCAGGCAUACUAAUGUCAGGCUGAAGGAGACACUUACAAGGGUGAGGUCGUCUAGGAACUUCUGCAUCGAUAUAGUUUUGAUUAUCAUUCUUCUGGGAAUCGCAGCCUAUUUAUACAAUGUGUUGACCUAUUAGCCAAGGCCGUAGUUCUUGAAGACCUGGAGUUUCCUCUAUCACAUGUAUGUUUAGUGUGUCAAUUGUUAUUAUCAUAAUCAUUUAUUCCUAAUAAAUCUUGUUGGCACAUUCUGUUG